UUUAAAUAUUUUUGCCAUGGUCAACAAGACUGGACAACACAAUACGCGGAAGCGAGUCUCCCUUUCACUAUUCGACGUCACUGAUACAGAGAUUCGCUGUUGUCGUGUGACUGGAGAUCUAACUCACCUUUAAUUUUCUGACCAGGCAACAAUCUACUCAGUAGCUCCAGUUCUCUCUCCUGUGUGUCUACCUAGUCUAGCUGAUUCAAGGUUAUUAGCUUGAGGGUUUAACUUUCAGAGAAUCCAUCCAUUGCCUUGUCCAGCUGAACACGUAAACCAACUCGAGAAUACGUAUCUUUUAGAACAAAAGUCAAUUGAUACCUAAGAUAGCCUUGGUAUGCUCACACGCUAAGAGGUCCGUCUAGUCCAUCUUGAGACGACGUUGCUACGGUUCGGUCUUUUUCUGUGUGGAAAAUGGCACGAUAUGCACGAUAUGGUGGUGAAGCUUAGAAAUGGCUGGAGUUUGUGAGCCUCUUCUUCUAAAAUCCGGGGCGUUUUUUGUAUUAUGCACCUAUAGUAGCAGCCUCUUAUUAUCGAUAAUGAUGAUCAAAAACUUGGCACUUGGGUAAUAUUUCGAUCAGUUAUUAUCCAGGAACCAUCGCCUUUAAUUUUGUAUGUCACUGGCGGUCCGAUAACCUCGUCACACUCUCAUCUGAAGAGGCAUUAUGAUCAUGUACUAGGUAUGCUAUGGAUGUCUUGUACCUACACCACCUUUGAAUCUCACUCACAUUCUCAGUAUCCGACUUCAACACCCACCAUCAAGCCCAACACGAACUCCAACUGCCGCCAAGUACAGUGACUGCUACCCCAUCUCUGCAGACGAGUACACCCUCUUUGACGCGCUUGUGUCCAAUUGUCCAAUGGCGUAGCUAGCGCUUCCGAUUUCUUACAUGCUGUAUCGUAUUUCUCGAGAACCCUUUGCUUGUCAGAACUGACCUGACCUGAACACGGGCGUGGCAAAGAUGGAUGCUUCGUAAUGUCUCAAUCUGCGACGCUAUUCCCAACCAAAUUCUCGGCUGUGUGCUUGGAGAGUCACGCAAGCGAUGAUAUGCGUGGGGGUAUUGUCACGAUUCUCUGUUACUGUACUGUAGUCUGUAUUAUGUCUCGUGAAAAUGUAUCGGCAUCAUCGAGCCGUAAACCGAGGCUGUCACCAUAAAUAUCUUGGCCGCCACAUCCGACAUGUUCCUCUGACCGCUGCCAUCAUGACUGGUCUGUAUCACGUUGUCUUGUGUAGUUGAGGCUCCGUUGUAUAACUUUACUAAACUCUGACAUGUUCGCACAUGCCAAUAGCCUGGUCCUUCUGUCAAUGUACUGUAGUGACUUCUCGGCUCUAGGUUGUGUUACGAAGCACCACUGUCUGUCUUUACUUAGCCGACGAACCUUGACGUACUGUACAACCCCCUCUGCAUGUACUAUUUUCCCCUCUAUGAUGCUUCAGUGAGAAUACAUGAUUCCUUCAUGUUGAGGGAAGAGGCUGUCACAGGCAAAUCACAAGCUCAACCACUGUCGCUAUUGCGUGUUUAGCUGCGCCGCAUCGCCAGGAGAAUGCCACUUCAGGGUCCGCAAUCUGCAAGCCGCCCGCCACCAGCUGCAGUCGGUCGAUGUAAGUUGCGUCGUGAGGGUGUAGAGGCUCAAUUUUUUAGUUUUUCCGCCCUAAUGUUCCGGAGCAUUUUGCAAACUGCAGCAUCGUGGAGCUUUGUCUGUAAUGAUAUUCAGCUUCUAUGACUCUUUAGAUAUUAAUGAUUCGUACAUCUCAGAGCUAAAUACACGGCAUGUGGGAGAGAUACUCCAGCUUUCCACGACGACGAUGGAGCAGUUUUUAAACAUAUAAGCUCGGUCGAGUAGUCUAACUUACUUGUUGGGUCUGCUUCUGUUUUUGACAUGCGUGUUCGUCGUCUUUUGAGCGUCAUGGCCUUCCCACUAUAGCUUUGAGUUUUUCGCAAAUGCAAAGCUAAUCGAAGUGAAACACUCGGUCGAGAUCUUAGUCGAGGUAAUGGGGCAGAGCCGCAAAACAAACCUUUUAUGGACGAACCCAAUCGAGACUUUUGACUACAUAGGUCCGGCUUGCCACGAAAUCUCUAUUUUGAUUACUUGAUGAGAUGUGGCUCUUGUGAACAGAUGAAAUUAUGGGUGCAAUCUUCAGAUGGGAUGCUGAUCUAGGGUAGGCAUAUCUCACAAUGCUUUGCCAUGUCUUGUCUGGGGAAAGUUGUAACAAUAGCGCUUUAAAGCUGACCACUCACGGUCUUCAGCUCUCGCAGGUGGCACCGCAGGGUGGCCCAAGCUCCCUAGCUCUAUGUCAUCGCCUAAGUCGGAUGCGUCUCUGAUCCUUGAGAUACGCAUCAUCAGCCUUGCCAAUACAAUAUCAACAUUCACAACAAACAUCGAUACCUGCAUACCAAGCCUCGCAACGCUGCUUCAAUACCCGCGACUGAAUAACUGAGCCUGGAGCUCUCUAUAAUAUCUUCGAUUUACCUGCCGAUGUGACUAGUUGACCGAAAGGUCCCUUCCGGCCCCUCCGGCUUCGACCGCACUCAGCCUGUCGAUAUGGUCGCGAUAUCAGGCUUUCGGAGUCUCUCGACUCCUGUGAAUCGAACUCGACGUAUUCCUAUGAUACUAGGAGGUGUUGCAUUCUUCAUUAUGUGUAUCAUCUAUCUCCUUCUCUCCAUCGCACCUUGUAUGGUGUAUGGGAAUUGCUACCGUGGUUAUUCGAGUGCUUACAGCUUCGAUGCUGACUUGGCUCACAACCCGACCUGGAUGGCCGAGAUUCCCGACGAUGUAUUCCUUUCGAGCCUUAGUAUACCGGGCACACAUGACACAAUGACCUACGAGAUAGGAACAGAGGUUCUGCAGUGUCAGAACUGGAACCUGACUACCCAGCUGGAGGCAGGUAUUCGUUACUUCGACAUCCGCGCUCGUGUGCGUGAUGACGAGUUGCAUAUUUACCAUGCUAAUGGCUACACCGGCUUCAGCUUCGAGGAUGUGGUUGGCUAUAUGAACGACUUCCUGGAUAGGAACCCUUCUGAGACGAUCAUCAUGCGCCUCAAGCAGGAAGGUAACGGCAUUGGAGACAACAACACUCUGUCAUUCGAAGCCGCCUUCAACAAAUACCCACUCGGAGAUCGACUGUACAACUACAGCGCUUCCGAACCUCUGCCAACUCUUGGUAGUCUUCGUUCCAAGAUCUUUGUUCUUCAGAACUUCCCAGCUUGGCGAGGAGGGCCAUAUGGUGUGAAGUGGGAAGGUCAUCAAAUGGUUCUAGAAGAUAAAUGGAUCAUUCCUGAUAUCUACCAUCUGUCGGAGAAGUGGACUGCGAUCCGCGAUGCUCUCGAACUCGCCGCAACAGCAGCUCUCGACAACAAAGUCCUCUAUUUGGCACAUAUUUCAGCCUCUGUCGGUGUCUUGCCCAUCGAGGCUGCGGCUGGACCUAUGAACCGAACUGUCACUGGUAUGAACGACAUGACUGGCCAAUGGAUUAAAGAUUUUGAAGACAACGAAGACACCACCAGGACUGGAAUCGUCAUCAUCGAUUUUCCCGGCAAGAAGUUCAUUGAUGCCAUUCUUCGAUGGAACAAGUCAUAUACGAAGAAGCGGGCAUAAGCCCAAGCCGAUUAUUGGCUGUGCUCAAGCCCUCGCCUGGGACUAAGGCCUCAUGUCUUGAUACACCAGACACCUCAAAGCCCGGUCGUUGGUUAUUGUCAAGCUUUCCCAUCUGAGACUGACGUCUCACCCCUCACUCAUGGAAUCGAUACCCCACAGCAUUGUGUACCCUAGCUAGCUCUCUAAAUUACAAUCGUCAGCGUGGCUGAACAAAUAUCACUAACAGCAAAUAAAAAUUUUGUUAGAUGAAAAGAAGAUGCAUGUUCAAAUGAGGAUUAUCCAAUUUACCCCCCCGUUGAUCAAUUCCUCAUCAUGCCCCUGCAUCUGACGUGGAUACUGUGGCGUCCGGAUGCGUUUCACCAGGGCAUUUCACUGAGUCAAAGAGACAAGAUCGUCAGGGACAGAAACACCAAAAAUCAAGGCAGAGUCUGAAUAACGAAACAAAGUACAGUACAUAAAGUAGGUACAGUACACGCUUUCGGUCUGUGUCCACCCUGUCUCGAUUUCUAUCAAUCAAUCGCUGACUGUUCCGAACCCGGUGCGCGUUUCUGACACACCUUGAAAUGUGAAUGUGUUGUUCUGUGCGUGGUUGGCUAUGACGUUAAGACUGAGAUCGACAUAAUGUAAUUGUCAAGUUGGGACGUUGAUGUAGUAACUUGGUCAAGAUGAAAUUACUCUGAUGGUUAUAGGCUGAGUGAAUGAUCUGAUAUGUAUGUGAAAUUACACACGUUGGUUACCCGGUAUCGAAGGAC